AUGCCGAGGAGCCGGGGCGACCGCGCUGCGCCGGGCCAGGCCGCGCGCUGGAGCGCCUGGCGGGCCCCGGGGCGGCUGCUGCCGCUGCUGCCCGCGCUCUGCUGCCUCGCGGCGGCGGCGGGGGCCGGGAAGCCGGCCGGGGCGGACGCGCCCUUCGCCGGGCAGAACUGGUUAAAAUCCUAUGGCUAUCUACUUCCCUAUGAGUCACGGGCAUCUGCGUUGCAUUCCGGGAAGGCCCUGCAGUCAGCAGUGUCCACGAUGCAGCAGUUUUACGGGAUCCCAGUCACCGGUGUGUUGGAUCAGACAACAAUCGAGUGGAUGAAGAAACCCCGAUGCGGCGUCCCCGAUCAUCCCCACUUGAGCAGGAGGCGGAGAAACAAGCGCUAUGCCCUGACUGGACAGAAGUGGAGGCAGAAGCACAUCACCUACAGCAUUCACAACUAUACCCCAAAGGUGGGUGAGCUGGACACGCGGAAAGCUAUUCGUCAGGCUUUCGAUGUGUGGCAGAAGGUGACCCCUCUGACUUUUGAAGAGGUGCCAUACCAUGAGAUCAAAAGUGAUCGGAAGGAGGCAGACAUCAUGAUCUUCUUUGCUUCUGGCUUCCAUGGUGACAGCUCCCCAUUUGACGGGGAAGGGGGCUUCCUCGCCCAUGCCUACUUUCCUGGCCCAGGGAUUGGAGGAGACACUCACUUCGAUUCAGAUGAGCCCUGGACACUAGGAAAUGCCAACCACGAUGGCAAUGACCUCUUCCUGGUGGCUGUGCAUGAACUGGGCCAUGCACUGGGACUGGAGCACUCUAAUGACCCCAGUGCCAUCAUGGCACCCUUCUACCAAUACAUGGAGACGCACAACUUCAAACUUCCCCAGGAUGACCUCCAGGGUAUCCAGAAGAUUUACGGACCCCCAGCCGAACCCCUGGAGCCCACAAGGCCCCUUCCUACACUCCCGGUCCGCAGGAUCCACUCACCGUCUGAGAGGAAACAUGAGCGGCAGCCCAGGCCCCCUCGGCCACCUCUGGGGGACCGACCAUCCACUCCAGGUGCCAAGCCCAACAUCUGCGAUGGCAACUUCAACACGGUGGCCCUCUUCCGGGGCGAGAUGUUUGUGUUUAAGGAUCGCUGGUUCUGGCGCCUGCGCAAUAACCGGGUACAGGAGGGCUACCCCAUGCAGAUUGAGCAGUUCUGGAAGGGCCUGCCUGCCCGCAUAGAUGCAGCCUAUGAGAGGGCGGAUGGAAGAUUUGUCUUCUUCAAAGGCGACAAGUACUGGGUGUUCAAAGAAGUGACCGUGGAGCCUGGGUACCCCCACAGCUUGGGAGAAUUGGGCAGCUGCCUGCCCCGUGAAGGAAUCGACACAGCUCUGCGCUGGGAACCUGUGGGCAAAACCUACUUUUUCAAAGGCGAACGGUACUGGCGCUACAGCGAGGAGCGGCGAGCCACAGACCCUGGCUACCCCAAGCCCAUCACCGUGUGGAAGGGCAUCCCGCAGGCUCCACAAGGGGCCUUCAUCAGCAAGGAAGGAUAUUACACCUACUUCUACAAAGGUCGGGACUACUGGAAGUUUGACAACCAGAAACUGAGCGUGGAGCCGGGCUACCCACGCAACAUCCUGCGUGACUGGAUGGGCUGCAAGCAGAAGGAGGUAGAGCGGCGUAAGGAGCGGAGGCUGCCCCAGGAUGAUGUGGACAUCAUGGUGACCAUCGACGAUGUGCCGGGCUCCGUGAAUGCUGUGGCUGUGGUUGUCCCCUGCACCCUGUCCCUCUGCCUCCUGGUGCUGCUCUACACGAUCUUCCAGUUCAAGAACAAGGCGGGUCCUCAGCCCGUCACCUACUAUAAGCGGCCAGUCCAGGAGUGGGUAUGAGCAGCCCAGAGCCCUCUCUGUCUACCCAGU